GAAGAAAAAUUACAUUACUACAAGAAUUGGGAGAGAACAUUAAUAGGUGAUUUCCCCAUAAAAAUUCUCUUUCUCUCUCUAAAAAAUUUGCAAGGGAAUUCUUCCCUGUUCAUCUUCAUUCAGAUCUCUCGACCUUUGUAUUUUCACCAUCCUUUAAUUUGGAGUUACAAGUAAUUCCGCGGAAUUUGUUGCUGGUGAUUAUCAAAGGUGGAAGCUUGCGAAAGCUUGAAACAUUUUCAUGUUAAAUAGGUGCUGUCGGAAUCUAAUGUGAUCUUCAAACAUAAUCACAUUUAUGUAUCCUUGGAGUUAUUAACAUCAGCUCUAGUUUAUGAAGGCAUAAUUAGAGCGCUUCGCUAAUAGAGGAAGUUUUAUUUGGCAGCUCAUCCAACAUGGGACACCGAAAUAUUCAGUUCACUGGUCAUAUGACUGAUAUGGAAACUGAUCAACAAGGCCACGGCCAUCUACAUCCUGAACCUUGCAUCUUUUAUGGGAGUAUAGCGAACUUUCCUCAUCCUAGUUUUCACUCAAUGGUCCCCGCACCAGGAAGCCAGGUAAAUUUCAACUUCCACCAUAUGCCAGAACGUCACGACAGUACCUUGUUCUAUGGAAUGCCGCAGUUAAAUGGCCCCCAGCAUCAACAUCCAGCCCCGAAUCUCGACUUAGCUAUCGCUGCACCGUCCGGCCAUUAUAAUCCAUAUAUGGCCCCCCCAUCUGGUAUUAGAGAUUUCCCUGUCCAAGUCAAUCACGGGACACAUGAUCAGUUGUCACUUUCGAGCACUCACCGGGUUGUUGGUAUUCCUACAGACACCUACAGCAGGAGCAUACCGUACAUGGAUAGUAUCAGAGCAUCGUUUAAAAGAAAAAACGCGGAGGGGGCUUCGGGGAGUUACCAGUAUCAUAAUGCUUCCGCAGGUCCUAGUUCUUCUGUUGCCCCCGGGACUCCUAUGGGUGCGGAAUCCGAUAUUACCUUAAUGGACCCAACUUCUUUCCUUCAGCCUGAUUAUGGCAGUAAUGACCCAGCAUUAGUUGUUGAAGGUGGCUCUCAAAGAAGUGCGAGGAAUAGGCUCCGCAUGGUUGGACACGAGUCUGUUGUGACGCAUAACGCUGGCCAUUUGAUCCAAGGGAACUUUGCUGCUCCGCCUGUUCAGUUGCCCGGAAAUCCUUGGUUGGACAUACACUAUGGCGCAAACAACGGUGAUGUUGGCACUUUUGCAUGGACUCAUGCUCCUGUACACUACACGCACGUUCCUGAUAUGUCGGGUAGUGUUAAUGGAGCUAGUAAUAGGAGUGCCGGUGGUUUUCUUCCUCCACCCCGUCCUCAAGGCCAUCCAAGUGUUCAUAACCCACCCCCGUCUAUGCAAGGUGUCAGAGGAUACAAUGUUAACCUCCCAUCACAAGUGGCUGCAUCUGCCCAUCAAAUCUCGACGAUUAGCUCUUCAAAUACAGGAAUCAAUCAUUUCCAGGAUAUUGUAGAUGCCGGGUCAUCUUUUGUGGCACCCGUUCCACCACUGAGUUUUCGGUCGUAUCGGCCUCAUCGGAGGGAAAUCAUGUUUGAUGCAAGUGCACGUCACCAAGCUCUUCCUCACAUGAGAGUUCUACCAGAAGAUGAAGUUGCCAUACUAGGUAUUCCUGGCUAUCACGAAGCAGGAGAUGCUAUUGAUCAGCACAGAGACAUGCGCUUGGACAUAGAUCACAUGUCGUAUGAGGAGCUUCUUGCAUUGGGAGAGCAGAUUGGUAGUGUUGGCACCGGAUUGUCUGUGGAGUUCGUUAGAAAUAAUUUGAAACUAAGAACUUUUUCUUCCUCAACUUCUUGCAUCAACCUUGAAGAAGCAGCUUCCCACGAUCAACAAAUAAAUUUCUGUGUCAUAUGCCAGACGGAUUAUGAGGAGGGGGAAGAAAUCGGAGGUGUGGAUUGUGGACAUGAAUACCACAAAGAGUGCAUAAAGACGUGGCUGCUGACGAAGAACACUUGUCCCGUGUGCAAAUCAACGGCCUUGAACCGGAGGGCGAGGGAGUUGUGAAUAGAGGAGGAGGGGCUUUGUAUUUGUUGUCAUUUGAAAAACUGCCUCUUGGUCCUAAUCAGACCAAUUAUUUUAUAAUCCAGAAGAAACAUAAGUCGUUUCUCUUCGUGUAUUAUAUUUAUGUAUAUACUUGCAGAGAUGUGAUUGGUUCCCUGCCCCUCAUUCGCCCUCUGAAACUGUACAGACUCUUUGAUUUGUUUGUUCUGUUAUAAAAAUUGGAUGAAUGCUGUAUCAGCUUCUACUCA